GCCUGAUCUCGACAAUCAGCUCAUUCAGCUGUGAGGUUUCCCGCCAAAAUUGGGCCCAAGCCUUAUCUGUGGUGCUUCUUGCUAAGUGAAAUCUGAGGUUAAUAUUUACCUUACUGAGCAUAGCAUUAAAUAUAAGAUAUCAUCGAAUACGUGAAGGUUCUGCCAUCCCUCCAGAACACUCAAACGACGAAUAAGACAGCAAGAUCUUGGAAAUACAAAGCAGUGUUGUAUCUGGCUAACCAAACACACAAUGACACUCUCUGCAAGGAUUCGCCAAAAAGUUAGAGGCGCGGGAAGAGCCUUGAGGUUUGCUUGGCAAGGAAAGCCCAUUCAACCUUCCCUUAAAGAGCGACGGUUUGAAGACAAGACUUUCUAUAGGGGAUUUAUUCUUGGCUCCACUGAAAUAGAAGAAGGAAACUGUGUUUUCAUCAGGAAUGCAGAUGCCCUGGAUGCAGAUGAUGUCAACUGCUGUGACAUUGCCAAAAUUGUCAGGUGCUAUGAUAAUGGUGAACGAAACAACAACAAUCGGGUUCAAGUGCAGUGGUACUCCAGAAUUGAGGAUGUCAAGCCAAAUCACUUGAAAAACAUCCAAGAAGGCUUAUCUCCUCCUGAUGCUUCACUGGAGUUGGUGAGAGAUGAGAGAGGAUUUCCAACUGAUAUUGAUGCUGAAACCAUUCACAGUCGCUGUCAUGUGAAGGAGGUGCCGUGUGGUGUGUCCCCAAGAAGUGUGUCUCAGCCUGAGCUCUACCAGUUGCCAUUCUUUGUGUGCCGCUUCAGAUAUGCAGGGAAGAAGCCUUUUCUCCUGCCCAUUGAGGAUGUUCCAGAAAUACAACAAACCCCAGUUAAAAGACGGAAGACUCGCAGAUCUCUUGUUGUGGAUUUAACCAACAUUGAAACUGCCUCACCCAAAAGAAGGAUAGAAAAAACUCCUGAAGAGGAAAUGGGGAAAGAAAACUUACAGGAGAAAGGUUCAGGACUAACUAGGAAAGCUGAAAUUAAAAAACAAUCCGAGUCACCUUUGAGACCCAUCAAUCACAUAGCUCAUGAUGAGGUUGCUUCGUCUCCAAGCCUCAAACGAAAAGCCUCAGAAACAGAGUUGUCUAGUGAAAGGAAGAAAUCUCGAUUAGCUUUAGAAGAUGCCAAAAAUUCAUGCAAGGAAGUGUCCCGAGUGGUCAGUGAUGAGGAUGUGACGAUGGUGGAAAGACACACUUCUUCUGGCCGCAAACUUAAGAUUUUAUGUUAUCGGAAGCUCAGUGACGGGAUGAUUGACAAAGAUGGAAACCCAACGCCAUGGUCUCCUGACACAAAAUCCACAAAAUCACCAUUAGCUUCUCCGGAUGCUAAUUCAGAGUCUUCACCCUUAAAAUCCAAAUCUUCAACUGCCAAAACUUCAUCUAUAAAGGAAAUAGGAAAGAUUCGUGCACUAAAAGAUAAUGAAAUAGAUUUUAUAUUGGACAGUGAUGAUAAUGAAAGUGAAUCUGACAUGGACGUUGACAAGGAUAAUGAUCAUGAAGCUAAAAACUGUAAAUCUUCGAGGAAACACACAAAAGUUUCUAUACUGAAAGAUUUUAUUGGUGACACUGAAAACAGUUCUCCUAAGCCAGUUUUAAAGAAUCACAGCAAGAACCGUUAUGAAGAUCUACAACCACUGCCUGAAAUGAUAACACCUAAGAAGAAAAAACACAGUGUCAAGUCUAAAAGUACUAUCAAGAAAAGAUUUAGAUGUGAAGAAUGUGCCGUAUCAUUUCCCUCUCGUGCUGAAUUGCGGGAACAUGAUGAAGAGGAACACGAUGAUUUCCAGCCCAUCUCAAAGACUCCUAGCAGAGCAUCAAAAAAAAAGGCUUCAGCUCGCACCCCAUCACAUGCUGCAAGCCCCCACGCCCGUGCUGUUCCUAAAAUGCCCUCCCGGACCAAUCCUGUGACGCAGCCAGGCACCCCGCUGGAGCUGGCUCGUGCCCGGCUACACGUCUCUGCUGUGCCUGAUUCCCUGCCCUGUCGAGAGAAUGAGUUUCAAGAUAUAUACUCAUUCGUUGAGGGAAAGCUGUUUGAUGGCACUGGAGGAUGCAUGUAUAUAAGUGGAGUGCCUGGCACUGGGAAAACUGCUACUGUGAGGGAAGUGGUGCGCCUUCUGCUACAAUGCAGCCAGGAUGGGGAUCUGCCAUCCUUCUCUUUUCUAGAGAUCAAUGCCCUCAAGCUGACAGAACCUCACCAGUUGUGGGUUCAGGUCUGGAAGGGCUUGACAGGAAGCAAAGUGACAGCAGAACAUGCUUCAUCUCUCCUUGAGAAAAGAUUUUCCACACCUGCACCAAGACGGGAUCCAACAUUACUUUUAGUGGAUGAACUGGACAUGUUAUGGACUCGCAAACAGGAUGUGAUGUACAAUCUUUUUGACUGGCCAUCACGACCUGGAAGCAAGUUGGUGGUGGUGGCCAUUGCCAACACCAUGGACCUGCCAGAGCGGAUCAUGAAGAACCGUGUGUCCUCCCGGCUUGGUCUCACCAGGAUGACCUUUCAGCCAUACACCCACACACAGCUGCAGGAGAUUGUCACAUCUCGCUUGCUUGGCAUUCCAGCAUUUGAUCCUGGUGCAAUACAGUUAGUAUCACGAAAAGUUGCAGCAUUAUCUGGAGAUGCCAGACGAGCUCUUGACAUUUGCCGCCGAGCAACAGAAAUUGCUGAAACAAAAAAAUUGCCUCCCAGUCCCUCCAAGUCUCCCAUGAAGAGAGCAGCCUUGGUUGGCAUGCUGCAUGUUGAUCAGGCAAUAAGAGAGAUGUUCACUUCACCCAAGAUUGCAGCCAUCAGAAGUUGUAGUGUGAUGGAGCAGUUAAUUCUGAAGGCAGUGGUGGCUGAGUUCAUUCGCACAGGGGUGGAAGAGGCUCAGUUUGGACGUGUGAUGGAUCAGUUUGUCUCACUUUGUAGGUUUGACGGAAUGAAGCCUCCCUGUACAUCAGUAGUGAUGAUGCUUGUGAAUCAUCUCACAUCCCAGCGCUUGAUCCUCACUGAGCAUUCUCGAAAUGACAUCCUGAUGCGGCUACGGCUCAAUAUAUCCAUAGAUGAUGUUUCCUACGCCCUGCAAAGUAUUUCUGAUGCUCAGUAAACUCAGACUGAUGUGGUUUUUACAUUAUUGUGAUAUUAUAUUUGAUUAGAUAGUUUUUAAUUUAUGCCUAUUCACAUUUGACAUCAUCUUUCAUUUAGAAACGUCAUCAAUUUUUGUAUUGUGUUGUAAUUCUGUUCUCUUAAAUAUUCUUAUGUGUCAUCACUAUUACUCACGUGUGGUCUUCCACAUAAUUUAUUUUAAUAUCAAUUUUCAUUAAAUAUCACUCAGUUUAGAAA